AUGAACUUCCAAUCUCGCGUAUCCACAACCACCGUUCACGAACUUCUCUUCGCCGAUGGCUGUGUCCUGAACAUCACCUCGGAAGAGGAGGUGCAACGGAGUAUGGACCUCUUCCUCGCCGUCCGUGAGAACUUCGGUCUGGUCAUCAACACGCAGAAAACUGUGGUCAUGCAUCAACCGCCGCCACCCAAAAUAGCCUUUCCUCUCAACACACCGCUGCAAAUCAGUGUGAACGGAACCCAACAGCAAGUGGUGGAGAACCUCCCGUACCUGGGCAGCACCCUCUCCCGAAACACCAAAAUCGAUGACGAAGUCGCUCGCAGGGCCUAG